AUGGGCUUAGUAUUCGCCAGCUCUGAUCACGCAGAAAACAAGCACUGUGGAACAUCAGAAGUCAGUACAGAUCGACCAUUACAACAGGAAGUGCUGACUAAAAAAAUGAAUCCAUUUCACAGACUUCAUCUUGAAGGCAGACAUCACAAACUGAGAGCUGCAGAUGUUCUUCAGUUAUCUGCACAUUCAUUACAGUCCCAUGAGUCUUGUGCUGAAGAGGAGCUGAUUCAGACUUUCAUACAAAAACUACUGAUGAUGAACUACAGAGCAAGAUACAUUGAAACUAAUGAGAUCAAUGAGGAAGAUCACAAUGAACAAGGCAGUAAUGAUCCACUUAAUCAAGAGUUGGAUUCUGAUGACUUUUUUUUCAAUUUAAGGUCAGUGUCAAAUAAAGGAAUAAGUAAAUAUGAGGCAAUCCACCCGAUGGAUGUUCAGAUGGCCGUGUUUCAUUGUGCCGAUAGUUUCCUGAAGCAGCUGAUGGUCACUAAACUGUCCCAGUGUCAGUACGCUCUGCCUCUGCUUGUUCCUGAUCCAUUCACACAACAGACUGAGUUUCCUCUCUGGACAUUCAGACAAAUCAACAAGAGCUGGAAGAUCAGAACCCCCAACAAUGAAAUCAGUCAAACCCAGCCAAUCUACAAGGCAGAAACUCCAAUGGUGUCUUUCUUCAGGUUUGGCUCUGUGUCUUCAUCCAAGUCUCAGCUUAUAAACAGUCUGAUCAAUGAGAAACACAACACGUUCUUCCACAGGAACUGCCCAGGCAGCAGCAGAACCAGAGUCCUGAUGGAUGGAGUGGUGGAGAUCGCCUGGUUCUGCCCCUCUGGAAAAAACAUGGAUAAAUUCACUGACUGUGUUGCGUUCUGUAAUCUACACGGUGAUGCAGGAGACCAUGAGAAACAACUGCAGAUCCUCACUGAAAUGGCCUCAGUCAAUGUUGUUCUUCUACCAAAACUUGACCGGAAUGACAAAAGCAUGAUAAAACUUCAACAACUCUACAAGGACUUAAAGCCUCUCAUUUGUCUUUUUACUGAGGAUGAAUCCACAUUAACAAAGAUAAAGAAAAAAUAUAGAAUUUGUCUGAAAGACAGAAGUCAGUCAGCUGUAUCAGAAGAAAUCAGAAGAGCUAUAAACGACUGUCUCUCAGAAUCAUCUUCCACUUUCAGACUUGAAGAUGUGUUAAAACACUCAGACAUCAGAGUAGAUGAGGAAGAUGAUGAAGACUGCAGGAGAGGAAGAGAAGCAGCACAGCAGAUGAUGAGUUUACUGGAGAAGAAAGAUCUGACAGAAAUCAAAGAAUCAGUUCUGCCUCAUCAGGGGAAACUGUGGCAUCAGUGGAGUCAGAAGAACAAAGAACUACAUCGACCUCGAGCAGAUGAGACAGAAAUGGACAUCAGUAAAAAAAAAACAGAAAUGAAGAAAAUCCGUGAACAGCAAUAUGAAUCUGACAUCAGUGAGUUUAUGAAGCUCUUCAUUAAAGAAAUUAACUCGGAUGUUGAACAAGAGAAGACAUUUUUCAUCAAAUGGCUUGGAAUCGUCCUGGAUGAAUAUACAUCAUCUGACCUUUAUGCUCUACAUCAUAAGUAUAAUGAGAAAUGGUCAGCAGUCUUAAAAAUGAAAGAGAAUCAUGAUGAAUCUGAACAUCUCAAAGCUGAACAAAUGGAACUUGAGAGAAUAUCUGAGGAUCUUCAAGCUGCCGCCUUUGGUUUGGAGCACAUCAUGCGGGAGAUCGGUCAGAUCUAUGAAUCAUGUUCAUCUGUGAAGAAGAACAAGAAAGACCUGCAGUUUGACUUCUCUUCUCUCCCGAGUCUUGCAGCAGAAAUGAUGAUCUCUGGAUUUCCACUGGAGCUGAUGGAUGGAGAUGCUGCUCAUGUUCCUGUCAUAUGGAUCUCUGCUGUUCUAGAUGAACUCAUCCAGAAACUGGGAGACCAGAGAGUCUUUGUGCUGUCAGUUUUAGGGCUUCAGAGCUCUGGGAAAUCCACCAUGCUGAAUGCCAUGUUUGGACUCCAGUUUGCCGUCAGUGCUGGCAGGUGCACCAGAGGAGCUUUCAUGCAGCUGGUCAAAGUGUCAGAUGAGAUGAAAACACAGAUGAACUUUGACUAUAUUCUGGUUGUAGAUACUGAGGGUCUUCGUGCUCUAGAACUGGCUGGAAGAUCAACAAAAGAUCAUGACAAUGAAUUGGCCACAUUUGUUAUAGGUCUUGCAAAUCUGACAUUGAUCAACAUCUUUGGAGAAAACCCAUCUGAGAUGCAGGACAUUCUUCAGAUUGUUGUUCAGGCCUUCCUGAGGAUGAAGAAAGUCAAACUGAAUCCCAGCUGUGUGUUUGUGCAUCAGAACGUCUCAGAAGUCACAGCUGGAGAGAAAAACAUGGAGGGAAGAAGACGACUGCAGGAGAAACUGGAUGAGAUGACAAAACUCGCUGCUGAAGAGGAAGUUUAUGAUGCAGGAUGUUUCAGAGAUGUCAUUGAAUUUGAUGUUCAGAAUGAUGUGAAGUAUUUUGCUCAGCUCUGGGAGGGCAGCCCACCGAUGGCACCACCAAACCCAAUCUACUGUGAGAAUAUUCAAGAACUAAAGAAAACAAUUAAGUUUCAUGCAGAAAAAUCAAAAAGAAUGCAGCUGAUUGAAUUAAAAGAUCGUAUUAAAGAUCUCUGGAAGGCUUUACUGAAUGAACGAUUCGUCUUCAGCUUCAGAAAUUCUCUGGAGAUUUCAGCCUAUAGGAAACUGGAGACUGAAUACAGCAAGUGGUCCUGGAGGCUUCGCAGUGCCAUGAUGGAAACUGAGAACAAACUACACAACAAAAUAGAAAAUGAAGCAAUUCAUGAGGUUGAAGAAACUGAUCUUCAAAGAGAACUGAAGAAGACAAGUGAAGAAGUGGAGAAAUCAAUGUCUGAAUUCUUUGAGAAAGACACAUAUGCAGAUAUACUGAUUCAGUGGAAAAAAUCAUUUGAAAUCAAAAUCAUAGAUCUUCAGGAAAACAUUGUGAGAGAAACAAAGAGGAAAUUAAAUGAGAUUCUUCAUCAGCAAGACCUGAAGAAAAAGAUUGAUGCUCAGAGGAUAAAUCAUGAAAACACACUCUUUGAAAAGAGCAAAGAACUUGCCUUAAAACUUAAACACAAAGCUAAAGAUGAAGAAACACUGAAGAAAGAGUUUGAUUUGUUUUGUAAACAAAGUGAGGAUUUGAAUGUCCCAAACACUUGUCCAAUUAAAGACGUUGACCUAAUGAGAGAUGUGAGAAAGAUCCUCAUUGACAUUUAUGAGGGGCAUCUCCCUGUUGACCACAUUACAGAGGACAGAGGGUACAUCAACAUUUUCUCUAUGUCGAGUUAUUGUGAAUAUAUUAUUUUCAAAAAUUCCACAAAAAAGGGGGUUAAAGAGGCUCUAAAGGGUGCUUACAGAAGAGUUAAAGAAACAAUUGGAUACAGUCGAACUCUGUCCCCAGAGAAGGAAGCUGAAAUAAAGUCAUUUGUCACAGAUGUUGCUCAGCAGACAAACAAAAUGAUUCAGUCAUUUAACAUUUCAAAGAUGGGCUACAACAAAAGCUGCAUUCAACAACUCAUACAUUACAUCAAGAGGAGAGUAACAGAACAUGAGGAAAAAGCAGUGAAAUAUAAGUUUAAGAAUGAAUUCUUUAUGGAUUUGGUUUAUUCUAUCUGUACAAGAGCAAACAAGAUGAUCACUGACCAACACAGACUGUUCAGGGAAGCCAAUGAUCCUGUUAUAUAUGUUGAGAAGAAGAGAGAAGAGUACUAUAGUAUCUUCCAGAAAUACUACCAUGAAGCAACAUCACCUGACAUUUUUGGAGAGAUCAUCUGUCAGAAACUGAAAGAGCCCAUUGAGCAGAGUGUCUACAAGAAGACUGCUAGAGAUCUGACAUAUGAAAUAAUGAAAAAAUGUGAAUCACUGAAUGGAAACAGAUCAAAUCUGGAGAAACACAUCCUGAAGACACUGGCAGAAGAGGAGGACUUUAACAAAUACAUGAACUACAUUAAUAAUCCCAGAGAUCACCUCAAGAGUUUCAUCAGGGAUGAAGUCAGUCAGUACAUCACUGAUAAGUUCAGUUUCAGUGUUUUAAACAAGAUGAAGAAGAACAUUAAACUCCUGCAGCAGAAGAUCAUGAAAGCAGCACAUUUAUCUACAGAACAUGUUCAAGUGAACAGAGGAGAUGUUGGUUUAUGGUUGAAGAGAUUCACACAGAAGCUCUCAAAUGUGGUGAUCUUCUCUGAAAAAGACCUCAGUGGAGUGAAAUAUGAUGUUGAGGAUGAUUUCAAACUCCUAGAAGAUGUGAUAAGAGAAAAACUUCCUGCUAUAAUGUCUGACAUCAGCAGUAGAUUUAACACAGAGACAUUUCCAGUAAAGUUGGACUAUAGGUUCAGACCAGAUGACCUUCUGAUUGAUCACUUCUGUCAGUGCUGUUGGGUUCAGUGUCCGUUCUGUGGAGCCAUCUGCACCAACAACAUAGAAAACCAUGAUGGAGAUCACAGUGCGCCUUUGCAUCGUAGUAUUGGUCUGAAUGGAAUAUAUUACAAUAAUACAUCUAACUUGUCUACUUAUAUCUGCACAUCAGCAGUAGCAAGCAGCACUCUAUAUUUUCAUCUCAAUGAUUCAGAUGAUAACGUUCUUUGGAGAGAUUACAGAGGAGCAGGAGGAGUUUAUGCCAUUUGGAACAUCACUCCUGAUCUCUCUGAUCUGCCCUACUGGAAGUGGUUUGUGUGCAGAUUCCAGAAAGAUCUGGAAAAAUACUACAGUAAAACUUUUGAGGGAGAGGGGGAGAUUCCAGAAAAAUGGAGAAAAUACACAAAACAGGACGUUAUUGAGAGUUUGGAUGAAUACAUGUAAUUGAACAAGGAAAAUAAGUUUCUUUUGGUUUUCGACUCACAGAACACUUUGAAAUAAGUACCUGUACAUUGCUUCAGUGAGUCUGAAAUAUAAACCUCAGUUCACAGAAUACAUCAGAGAUGAGUUAAAGAUUUGAAGAGUUCUGUUUUAAAAGUAUAUUCCUCAUAUCCGCAAGUGUGAAGGGAUCUCUACGUAAAUGUUCUAUUCCAGACAGCUUUGAACUCAAAGUUUUUCCACCUUCUACUUCAAAACGACUGGAAUGCAGCUCAAUCAACCCUGACUUAAGAUACUGCUACUAAUUAGCAUAGAUAUUUAAUUUUUUCAGUAUCUUCUUAUUUUAGUUAUAUUUCAUUUUAUUUUAGAUUUAGUAUUUUAUAUGUACCAAAGUAAAUUGUUUAAAUUACGGUUUAACAAAAUUUUAGGAGGAAAAGGUUCUUUAAUCCAAGCAAUCAUUGCCAGAAUAAGCACAUACUGUAUAGGCCACUGCUUUCCUCAGUCCUAAAAAAGUUUUCUACACAAAUGCCUUCUUUUUAGCUUACCGCUAAACUUAAGGAAGUAUCUUCGUACUUCGGGCUUGGCUCAGGUCAAGUCUCGAGCUGGAUCCAUCCAUCACAGACAGCAAGCCAAAUAUGAUUAGUUACCCUCUCUUCCAUUCAAGGAUUAUGUGAACUUGUGAUUUAAGAUUAUUUAAAUAUGUUUAACACUAGAUUGCACUUUAAUACAGUUAUCACUAUGUUGUGGCAAUGAAGGCGGGAUGUUUUUAAACUUAUAUGAAUAUAUGAUAUACUGUAUAUCUUAACUAAAAAUUCAUAUGUUGUCAUUUUUAUUUUAGAUAGUUGUGGAGUGAUUUAAAUGUUUUACUAAUUACUUUAGUUUGAAAUUACUUUCUAAAAUCUACUUAAAUUAAAAAUAUGAUUGUGUGGCGAGGGGGGCGUGGUUCAGCGAGGUCUGCAAUGGGAGAGAGGCAGGAGACGAGCGGUGCGUAAUAGGUCAAGUGCAAAUGAAAAACACCUGUGUUUCAUUUCAGUAUUUGAUGCAGAGAGACCAGUUAAAAGCCACCAGGAAAUGGGAAGCUGGAGAGAAACUGACUGGGAACUUGUGCAAUGCAGAGAGACUGUCUGUCAGAGCUGGAAUUGUAUGCUGACUUAUAUUUUAAGUUAUUUGCUAAGUGAUAGAAAGCGCAGUGAGUGCCACUUCUUUUGUUUGUACCAGAGAACUUUAAUUAAAAAACAA